AUUUGAUAUCAACAUGUUUCCAGUCAUUGACUUCGGCUUCACAUGCUGAUAAUGUUAUUUAUAUAAGCCCAUUGCAACCACAACCCAAAUUAUGCAAGCAAAGGGCAGUCCCUCUCUAUGUCUAUAUAUUGUAAAGAGAACCAGUAUUGCCAACACACACCAAAAUAUAUACCAAACAGGUAGCUUGAUAAGUGGGGGCAACCUGUGGACACACAGAUAUCCUGCAGAAUUUGAGAGAUGGCGCCUAAAAUGCUUGGUUUUGUGACAGCUUUUGUUGUAAUAACAGCAGCAGCACUGAUCACACAAAGAGCAGAAGCUGAAACACACACAGUUGGUGAUGCUACUGGUUGGACUAACAUUGUUGAUUCCGACACUUAUUCUUCCUGGGCUGCCAAACAUACCUUCAAAGUUGGCGACACCCUAGUGUUCCAGUUCACAACUGGACGACAUGAUGUAGCCACACUUACAAAGACAGCUUAUGAUGAAUGCAACAAUACCGAUAUUCUGGGCGUACUAAACCAAGGACCAGCCAGUUACAGCCUCAACAAAACCGGCGAUUACUACUUCAUCUGCUCCUUCCCAGGCCACUGUAACGAGGGUCAGAAGUUGAGCAUCAAAGUGACAGCUAGCCCUGCUGCCCCUCCUCCUGACAGUGAAACUCCUGCAUCGCCGCCAACCACAAUGGCUCCUCCUCCUUCUGACACUAAGACUCCUUUGUCGCCACCAACCACAACGGCACCUCCUCCGUCAGCAGCCUCUUCCCUAGCUUCUACUUUUUCUACUGUUUUUAUGUCCAUUACCAUUGCUCUUUUCUGCCUCUUCUAGUACUCUUUUGUUCUUGAGUGUUAAGUUAAUAUUGUGAGUUCAAUGCUUCAUACUGCAUUUCCACAAGACUUCCAUUAAUCCAAUAUUCAUGAUGAUUUUAAUUUGAUCUUUUGUGUUGAAAUAAACUGCUCAAUAUAUGUAACAAAGGAAUUACAAUUGGUCCUGCAGUAAUACUUAACCCAAAAUUCCAAACAA